AUGCUCACGUUUGUCCAGCAGGAGCACUUGAUUGAACUUAUCAAGAAGCAGCGAUGCCUGUGGGAUUCCACAGACGAUGGCGAUGUUGACUUCGCUUGGACGGCCGUUAGUCGCCAAUUCAACAAAAAAUAUAGGACCAGGAAAUUAGGUUCGAUCAUUUCUUUAUUGAUUUUGCAGAUCUUCUGAUGAAAUAUUUCAUAAAGUUCCUUUCAGCUAACGAUUUUUAUUUAAUUGAACUUUCAGUUGAUUUAAUAAUCCAAUAAGAAUGCACAAAAAACUUUGAAGAUCAUUAGAACUGGGGAAAUCGAUGUCUAGCUCAAACUUGCAUAUUGUCUUUCGGAAGAAAUUGAGAGCAUUUUGAUUUUAACUUUGAUUUCGAGAUGUGUUCAUAAUGAAGUCAUAUUAUUAUAUAUAUGACCUCGUACGAAGAUAGUCAAUGAAAAUACUCAACAUAUUUUUCUCAGGCGAUGACCUUGCUGACGAAUGGACUGCCAUAAAGAAGAAAUUUUUAAAGUGGAAGAUGUUCCCAGAAACCCAUCCCCGUCCUCGGUUCUGGCGGGAACUAAAGUUUCUUGACAAGACGUCGUGAGUUGAUCAUUGGAGGAAAUAAAUUAGUUUUUUUAAUUUCAGAACAAUAGAAAAGAGAGAUGCGUCCCCUGUCGAAGAAAUGGAUGAUUUAGGUAGGUUUUGAUUCAAUCAAACGUUUUAAUCAAGGAAAAACUUUUUAGAUCAGGAAAUUUCUUUACAAUAUCCAUCUUUUUUUGAAAUUUUUAUGCAAGCAAUGUAAAAAAAUUAUGAAAAAAAUCAGUUUGAGAUUAGGUUCGAUGCAAAAAAAUCAUUUCCUUUAAUUUAUAAUAAUUUACUGUUACUUCAAAUAUCCAUCGCAUCAUUUUCCGGUGUCCCGUCAUCAAAAGCUUCUUUUCUCUCUUUAUAAUUGAAUUAUAAAAAUCUUUAACUUUUCGCUCAGAAAUAAUUUUUUCAACUCUAUUAAUUAUUAAAACAUUGUUGAGGAAGCAUGGAUUAAAAUUUGAAUGAAGUUUCAUCCAAUUUUUUUUAUUAUGAUUGUAUCAGAAACAACUGCUUUCAGAAAUGGAGAUGAGCCACUUUGGGAUCGUCCCUACUGAUGCUCACCUGGAAAAACUAAGCACGACCCAUAUUCUUCAAAAUUCGGUAAGUAUUAUAAAAACCAAAAAGCAUCUUUUUAAUAAAAUUCACAAAACUUCGCAUAAUUAAAAAUUCUGUUUUUUUCAGGUCUUUCUUGCGGACGCUCACCACUUCCGUCUGCUUUUUGCUCCGAUUUAAUUAUCUUCUUUCAGUUUAUUUAUAAAUAAAAUAUUUUUUUGAUAAUUUGUUGUGGAUAAAAAGUCUUUCUUAUACAGUUGCUCUGGCGAAAAUUAAAUCAAAGUUUUUUAUCUCUCUUUUUUUGUUUUUUAAUCAACAAGCGUUAUUCAAAUGGUGACAAAUAAUGAUAUAAGGAAUGUUUUUCAGAGAUUCUUAUAAAAUGGAUUUUUUCACUAAAAUCGGUCUUUCUUGUUACACAUAAGGCGAGGUCAAGUAAAAAGUAAUUAUAUGACGAUUAGUAAAAAAACAAUGACACACAAAUAAACAAGAAAAAAAGUCUACUCAAAAAAACUGAUCACGUCCUUUUUUUGAUAAUAGUAUACGUGUUUUGAGUGUUCCGACGAUCAGCUACUGCUCCAUGAAAAAACUUCAUCCAUUCAAAAUUUUACGGGGGUUUUGCAAAGUUUUUAUGUCACUUGUAUGAAAGAAAAUAACAUUAUUUCUUCGCGUUUACGAACUGGAUAAAAUUUGAAGAAUCUGAAAGCUGACAAUACGAUAGUUUUCCCCUCAUAAUGAACCGAAUUAUUGCCAACGGAACUUUUCCAUCCACCUUUUGCCAGGGAAAAAAAGAGUAAAAAUUCUGGAAUGUUUUCAGGGACCUUCUUGAACUUUUUUCUACAAAGAUCGUCGAGGAGGAUUUCUUUUGGAGAAGGAUUUCUUCGUGAACUGAAAUUAUCUGAAAAAAAAAGAAAAAAUGUAGAAACUCAAAAAAAUUUGAGAACUUAUUUAUAAACCGCAUCUGGAGAAUUUCUUGAAAUGAACUUUCUGAUUAGGCGAUUAAGAAAAGAUUCGUUCAGAGCUAAAUUUUUUUUUCUUUCCUUUAUCGAACCGAAGAAUUCAAAGUGAUGAGCUUUUCAAACAAAAUGGGCGAUUAGCGAAAAUUGAUUGAGCUUCAAUUUUUUAAAAAGUUAUUUAUCAAAAAAACUUUGCUCACAGCUAAAUUUCCUUUAUUAAACCGAAAAAAAUAACAAAAAAAUAAAUAAAAUUCUUAUAAUUUUUUUGAUCAUUGAUAAAUUAUGGAUGCAGGAGAUUCCCCAUUGCAUCCAGCUUCAAUAUUGACAUUUUUUUCAAGAUGCAAAAGUCGCAAAUGAGCAAUCGGAAUAAUUACGGUAGGCUCUGCAGAUUUGUUUAAUAAAGGCCCAGUUUAGCAACCUACCUAUAAUAAAAAAAUCAAUAAAAUGAGACUCUUGGAGUACAGAAAAGAUUAAAAUAUUAAUCACUAUUUUUUUUUUUACGCAAUGCAAUUUUUUUUACAGCAAAAAGGAAAAGAUGAUUAAAAUUUUCUGAGAAGUUUGAUAAAAAAUAAUAAUGAAGUUUCAGCUCAAGAAAUGGAAUAAAAAAUUUAGAAAGAUAAUUUUUUUUCAGAAUACAAUCUAUCCAAGCAAAAAAAGCGCGAAGACCUCGAGAUCAAAUACCGCUUGACAAAAGUCGCUCUAUCGAAAAUAGACACAUAUUAAGCGAUAUACUCGCCCUCCUGAGCCGGCCACCUUUUUAUAUACCUUUUUUUGUUCUUUUUCUAAUUUUUCAAUUUUUUUUGUAAUUAUCGUCUUUUUCCAGAAAUGCUCAACUUUUCUCAACAGCGGUAUUUGAUCUUUCUUGUCAAAGAGAACAAAUGUUUAUGGAACCAGGGCGAACGUGGAGACACUGAGAUCGUCUGGACGCUCGUCAGCCGUCAUUUCAAUAAAAAAUUUAAGACCACUAAACUAGGUUCAAUUACUUCUCCAUUCAUUUUGCAAAUUGUUCGAUCACAAAUUCUAAAGAUAAGAAUCAAGAAUACAAUUUAUGUUCGAUUGAUGUAGAAAUCAGAAACGAAUGUCUAGAAAGCGUCAAAGAUUAUUGGAACUAACGAAGUCAAUCUCUAAACCAAAGUUGCAAAUAUUUUUUUGGAAGAAUUGAAAUCAUUCAGAUACUAAUUGUGGUUCUGUAGAUAUUUUUCAAAUUGAAAUCAUAUCAUUUAUCCAAUCUUGUACAAAGAAAGUCAACAAAAAUGAUCUAUAUUUUUCUUUAGGCGAUGAUCUACAAGACGAGUGGGGAAGAUUGAAGAAGAAGUUCUUGAGUUGGUUGUCAAAGUCCUAUACCUAUCCCCGCCCUAGGUUUUAUCGCGAGCUCCAGUUUCUGGACAAGAGGCAGUGAGUUGAUCAAAGAAAUAAAUAGGUUACUCUUUCAUUUCAGAAAAGCCGAAAAGAUUUCAACUGAUUUUGACAUGGACGAUUUAGGUGGGUUGCGAUUUAAUUAAGCGCUUUAAUCAAUAGAAAUAUUUAAUAUCAGAAAAGCCCUAUUACAGUGCUUUUAUAACAGCGUAAUGUCACUUUAUUCAACGCAUCAUUUUUUUCGCUGUUCUGUUGCCAGAAAUUCUUUAUUUUUUUCUCCUUUAAUGUUCAACUACGUAAAAUUUUGUAAACUUCAACUUUACUCUCGAACAUUACUUUUUGAAGUUUGUUAGCGAUUUACAAUGAGAAAAUGAAAAUUUCUGAAGCAUGGGUCAGAGUUUGGCAAAAUCAUAUGAAUUUACACUUUUUUCUAUCAAUGAUUAUUUUCUUCAGCCGAUGACAUGACCUCUGUUUGCCUCUCCAACUCUGAUCCUGUGGACUAA